GUGACUUUUCUGUAUCAGUGACCGUUGACCGAGUCGUCAACCAACCCCGGUUUCACCUUUUGGUUCCGCCCCCAGCAGUCAGCGAGCAGCGCGGGCCCCGUCACUGUCAGCCGAUAUGGUGAGUUCAGCUCCUGGGAGCAGCAGGUCUCCUGAUAAUGGCAGCCAGAGGAAGAGGCGAGGCCCCGGAUCAUUUGCCACGGCUUACCUGGUCAUUUACAAUGUUGUUAUGACGGCGGGGUGGCUGGUCAUUGCGGUUGGCUUAGUGCGCACGUAUCUCGCCAAGGGGACUUACCACAAUCUCUACUACUCCAUCGAGCGGCCCCUGAAGUUCUUCCAGACGGGGGCACUGCUGGAGAUUGUACAUUGUGCAGCGGGAAUUGUGCCGUCCUCUGUGGUCCUCACGGCCUUUCAGGUUUCGUCCCGCGUUUUCUUGGCUUGGGCCGUCACGCACAGUGUGAGAGAGGUUCAGAAUGACGACUCCGUCCUGCUGUUCGUCGUUGCCUGGACCAUCACUGAAAUCAUCCGCUACUCGUUUUAUACCUUCAGUCUCCUAAACCAUCUGCCGUACAUCAUCAAGUGGGCCAGGUACUCGCUCUUCAUUGUCCUAUACCCGAUGGGAGUAGUAGGAGAGUUGCUGACCAUCUACGCUGCGCUGCCCUAUGUUCAGCGGACCGGCCUGUACUCCAUUAGGCUGCCCAACAAGUACAACUUCUCAUUCGAUUACUACACCUUCCUCAUCCUCGUCAUGGUGUCCUACAUCCCCCUUUUCCCGCAGUUAUACUUCCACAUGCUUCACCAGCGCAGGAAAGUUCUUCACGUCGAGCCCAAGAAGUUGGAUUAACCCCUCGUCCACCAUCUUCUCAGUUAUUAUUUUUUUGUAAUUUUUUUUUUUUUUUCCCCAUUCCCAAAACUUUAGAAACCCGACUGCUGCAGCGUUUUGAGCGCCCCCUUGAGAAUAACGGGAUGAGGUAAAUGGCGGUGGGCAUGGCGUGUUUCCGUACUAACCCCGCCCACUACCCAGCAUGCACCAGGAGAGCCUCGCUCGCCGCCUUUUCUAUUACUAAAGCUUGAGUCGGGUGCUGGACUCUGGAGCCGCGGGCCCCUGUGCUGCUGCAUGCCCUGUGGACUUACUGCUAGGUGUGGCCCGAUGUUAGGAUGAUGGGGGGGGUAGUGCUGGAAUCUGCCUCGGGUCAUCCUCCACCCUAUGUGCCCUGGAUUACCGCGGGGCCCCUGUUCUAACCAUGGAAUAAGCAGAAUAUCCCCGCUCAGUACUGCCAUACCCGAGGAUAGUGCCCUGUGGACCCCCAGGGGGCGCUGUGCCUCAUACCCUGUAAAGGUGCCGCCUCGUUGUAGUAUUCUAAUCCUACAGGAAGCUCCCCAGCUAACGGUACAAGCCGAUACAUUAACCCGUUCCUGGCCCUGGUGGUAUGCUUCCCCUGCAUGUGGCGCGGGUCGGGCCCUGUUUACACUCGCCGCCUCGUGCUGCUGUUUGUACGGACGGCGACUUCAGUAAAGGUUUUCUGACGUUUUCA